UAAUAAUAAUAAUAAUAAUAAUACAAUGAAUAAAUGUAAUAGAGAAGUUAAACAAAAUCUAACAAAUGAUCAAUUAUAUGAUUUAACAAAAUUAAAUGAAAAUGAACUACGAAAUUAUUAAGAAAAAUAAACGAACAACUCCUAUUAGAACAAUCCCGUCGAAAUCAUUUAGCAAAUAUGUGUGCUGAUCUACUGGAGGAAAAUCGUAAACUUCGUAACGAUCAAUCAGACAAUAUGAAUAAACAAACAGAACAACAAAUGGUAACAACUAAUACUUCUACUUCACUGAUGAAUCAGCCAAAUGAACCAAUUUAUAAGAAUUACAAAGGUAAAAAAGUCAAGUUAAGUUUUAUCAAUGGGAAAAUUAAACAGAUAAGUAGUAAUCCAAGCAUAUGGAGGAAAUCUAAGGUAAAAUCUCCUAGUUUUAAUAACGAGACAGAUUUGUAAAUGAUAUAUAUAAUAACAUCAUACAUGUACAUAUAAUUAUUCAAACAGUAUUUUUCUGUAACAAAUAUACAUUUCUAUAUAUA